CGCCCUUGCAUUUUAUCUCGAGCUCGCUAGCUCCAGUUGCGAAAUCGGCGGCGGUAAGGGUGUAGGUAUACGCGCGCCGCCCCUUUACAAACGUCAAGAAAACGGUGCUGGAAAAUGUUUAGUUAAUUGUGUUCACUUUGGCCUACGCAAUUUAUAAAAGGUGUAAAAUGAAAAGUUACUCUGCAGCGACCCGUAAGUUAACUCACCGCCGUCCGAAGAAGGGAAGCUCCACAAAAGGAUUAAGUACGUAAAACACCCAGACCAACAAAAUUACCAGAAAAUACAAGCCCAGCCUUUACAAGACAAGACAGCGCAAUGGACAAACGCAGAUGUCGAAAAUCCGACUAUGGAUUUUGGGAUUCCUUCUGAUACUUUAUCUCGCCGGCGUUUUGCUCUUGUCGGCCGUUACGCUUCACGAGCCCAAGGAGGGCGGUAAGGUAUUCAAGUCGACGUCCGACCAUAGGCAGGUUUCCAAAUCGAAAAACUACGAGUAUGGCGUUUCGAGUUAUCGUUCGUCGAAACGCUUCAAGAUCGACUGGUGUGCGAGCCUGCAAUUUAGGGAACCGCCGAAACCGCCGAUCGCCCUAGCUUCGUUUCCGGGAAGCGGCAACACGUGGUUGAGGUAUCUACUCCAACAGGCGACCGGUGUCUACACUGGCUCCGUCUAUAAGGACUAUGGCCUACUAAAAAGUGGUUUCCCGGCCGAAAGCAUCUCGAACGGUUCGGUUUUGGUGGUGAAAACGCACGAAUGGGGCGCAAACGCCCGUAAGCAGUUCUCCAAGGCCGUACUGCUGGUACGAGCGCCCGCGAACGCGAUUCAAGCCGAAUUCAAUCGGCAGAGCGGUGGCCACAUCGGCUUCGCGUCCCCCGAUCGCUACAAGAAGACUCGAGGCAAAUAUUGGCAACAGUUCGUGACCGACAAGCUGAAAAUGUGGAAGGAAAUGAACCUCGACUGGCUCUACAAUUUCACAGGUCCCACUCACAUUAUAUUUUACGAGCAACUCGUCGACAACGUUCAGCAUACGCUAACGGUUUUGCUAAAUUUUCUGGAAGUCCCCAUUUCUGACCAACUUUUAGCUUGCGCGCUUGAAAGACAAGAGGGCAUUUACAGGCGCAAGCGGCGAUACAUGAACUUUGAUCCGUAUACGCGUAAAAUGAAGAAAUUGUUACAAAUGGAGCAGAAGAAGGUUUACGAGGCCAUAUAUAAUAUAGCAUCCCCUGCGAGAAGAUAAUGCUAUUUUUUAAGAGUUUUGUCGCCAACAAUCACAAUUCCCCUUGCAGACAUUACGAAUGGAAUUAGCAGAGUUGCAUCGCAAUGGGGCUACCAGCUUCCAAACAGAAGCAGCUAAUUUUUCUUUUCAUCUGUGAUUGACUAUAACCACUUCUACAUAGACUAACGAAUAAAAAGAGCUUAUUGUAUUUUCAUUUUCGGAUGAUAGCGAUUAAGAAACUGCUCAAUAAUUCUAUUUUUUGUUACACACACACACAUCGAUGAUGGACAAUUUUUUGCUUACCUACUUGGAAGAACUGAACUGAUUUGAUAGUAUUGUAAUACUCGUACUUAUAUACACAUAUAUGGAGUAAAUGUCAAAUAAAUCGUUUAUAUGAGUGGAACAUAAAGCAAUCAUACGUAUAACUAAA